AUGUUCCAUUCCCUUUUACGAAAGAAAUUGUCGAACCUGCCAUAUUUGGGUCCGUUUACGAAUUCAUCGUUGUUCGACACUGACGAAAGAUACAGUCAUCUGGGAUUCGUCAUUGAAGAUCUGGGCUGUUGUAAGGUGAUCAAGCAUCGGUUGUUUGGCACCAGAGCAUUAGUUGGGUCUAUAUUCACUACUGCUCCUUUAAAUUGCGACGUCAUCGAUAGCGUAAUGGCUAUUUUCAAGCCGACGUGA